UCCCAUCUUUUAUCAAUUCCCCUCUCAAACUUCCUCUCCUCCAAAAUUGUAGAUUAUUUAACAGUGAACCCUAAAAAUAAUCAAAAUCACUCAAAACCAAUCCAUUUUCGCACACACAUUUCUCUCACCUCCAUUCUUCCUUCCUCCGCCGUGGGCUCCACCCCUCUGUUUAUCCGGCGACUUCUCCUUUUUAUUUUCUCUCUCCUAAACACCAAGAGGUCAGCUGCGAAAUGGCUGGAGGUAGAUUACUUCAGCAGAUUCUAAAGAGGAAUUUUCAGUCUCAUUCUAAUGCAAUUCCAGCUUUAUCAUCUGUGGUCUCAAAAGAUCAAGAAGGUGCUGGAUCUUCUGGUGCAAAAGUCUUGAGAGCAUUUGCUCUCCUUGGAGCAGGGGCUACAGGGCUUUUGAGUUUUGCCACCGUAGCAUCUGCAGAUGAGGCUGAACAUGGCCUAGAAUGCCCGAACUACCCUUGGCCUCACAGUGGCAUUCUCAGCUCAUAUGAUCAUGCUUCGAUUCGUCGUGGACACCAGGUUUACCAGCAGGUCUGUGCCUCAUGCCACUCUAUGUCUCUGAUUUCAUACCGUGAUCUGGUGGGCGUAGCAUACACCGAGGAGGAGACAAAAGCUAUGGCCGCUGAGAUUGAGGUGGUCGAUGGACCUAAUGAUGAGGGUGAGAUGUUUACUCGUCCUGGUAAACUCAGUGACCGAUUUCCUCAGCCGUAUCCUAAUGAACAAGCCGCUAGGUUUGCUAAUGGUGGAGCCUAUCCUCCUGAUCUAAGUCUUAUUACCAAGGCUCGACACAAUGGUCAGAACUAUGUAUUUGCUCUGCUAACUGGUUACCGUGAUCCACCUGCUGGAGUUUCGAUCCGAGAAGGGUUGCAUUACAAUCCAUACUUCCCUGGGGGUGCAAUUGCAAUGCCUAAGAUGCUCAAUGAUGGAGCUCUUGAAUAUGAGGAUGGUGUUCCUGCAACAGAAGCUCAGAUGGGCAAAGAUGUUGUGUCAUUCUUAACAUGGGCUGCAGAGCCAGAGAUGGAAGAGAGGAAACUGAUGGGAUUCAAGUGGAUAUUUGUACUGUCACUGGCAUUACUUCAAGCAGCAUACUACCGUCGUUUGAAGUGGUCUGUCGUCAAGUCUCGUAAGCUGGUUCUUGAUGUUAUUAACUAGAGACUGGCGUUCUUUUCCAUGUAUUGAAUAUGGGACGAACCCCUUGGAAAAAUAAUUAUUCGCCCGAUGUUAUUUUGACUGCCAUGGUUGAUUGUUUCAAUCAAGUGGCUUUGAGGAGUCAUAUUUUGGUUGCUAGGGAAGAAAUAAGCUUCCAACAUAGUAGAUUUAUUCUUUUUUCACUCUCGGAGGAUUUUGAUCGUAUUUUUCUGCAUGUUCGAAAAUGGCCAUAUGUGUUUUUAUUGUUCCGGCACCUUGUUACUGCAUUUGAGGACAUGCUUUUGUUUUCCAAUUUUGGUUAUGGUACAACUGUAAGAAAUAAGACUGAAGAACUUUGGUCAAUAUCAUUCCCGAUGGGUU